UUUAUCUUUAUCUGCAGCCCUCAUUACAUACAGAGACUUAAGUAAAUGUUUAAGCUCUGAAAAGUAUGUGAUUUCAUUUGACUAAUCAGAAAGAAGGUGUAGAAGAAAAUUUGUUGAUUGUGUUGCAGAUUCACGAUAAACAUUUUUCUUUGGACUGUAGUGUGUGAAUUGUUUGAUAGUUAUAUAAUUGAUCACUUCUCAAGGUGCAGAGAAAUUAUAACAUAUUGUUAAUUUUUUAUCAGUUGUGUUGGAUACAGAAAUAAUCUCAGUGGCUGGUUUAUUUUCAGUUAGUUAAUUAAGAGGACUUGUUAAGUUUGUCAGAUGAUAUUUGUAUUCGCAUAUGUAUUGUGCUAUGCCUGUAUUUGGUAUUAAGAAGUGAAUAGAGACGAGCACAAAUUUAUGGAUUUUGCACCAAAAUUCAAGUGGUAGAUAUGAAGAGAACAAUCAACGACUUAUUGAAAAAACAGUUUCAGGAAAAUCAAAGUGAAGAAUUAUCUAACAUUCAACAACCGUCUUCACCGAGUGUAAACAUUAAUACACUCAAUAAUAAGUGUAAGCUACUAGAUUGGACCAGAAUAGGAGAAGAGGUGGUAGAAGGAUGUUGGUCUUCAAAUGAUCCAAAAAUAUUGGUUCAUCACUUUCCUCUAGGACCUAAUGCUGUGAGAGUUUGGGUUGAUGUAGCUAUGAAACCUGAUGCAUUCUUAUGGAGGCCUACUUCAUAUAUGACUUACAUUGGAGAAUAUGUUGGUACCACAGUUGCAUGGCCAAUUGAGAAAGUUGUCAUCGAGUAAAUAGCAUAGACAAUAAGAUCAAAUUUUAUACUCUAACAUCUUCGAUCACUGAUUAGAAUUUUGAAUAUUUUUACUUUACAUUAUUUUACAAUCUAAU